UCUGAGUCUAUCUACAGCUUGUUUGACAAUGAUGGGCGGUUAGAUGUCUUUAGUAUGCGCAAGCUGGUCUAUGAGAGAGGCACACAUCCCAGUGAAAGAAAAAUCACCUGGAAGUUUCUAUUUGGUGUGUACCCUGAGAAAUCCACAACUGAAGAGAGGAAGGAGCUGGAUCGGCAAAUGUCUUCCCAGUAUCAAUGGAUGAAGCAUUCAUGGAAGCAGCACUUCCCCUGGGCUGCCAGCAUGAGGACCCAAUGUGAUUUUGAGCUUUCCUUGGCCAUUCAGAAACACAGUGAAGACCAGAGGGAAAUGGAAGCAGCCAGUCCACCUACAGAUAUCUACAACGAGAAUAGUGUGUCCUUACAAUACGUUAAUGAACAACAGUUCCAAAAUGCGCUGAGAGACAUUGAUGCUGACAUACCCCGGACUGAUCGACAUCGGACCUUCUUCCAACGUGAAGGGCUAGUGAAGCUGCUUUACCUCCGGGACAUUCUCAUCACGUACGCAGCCUUUCACCAAGAUUACUUUGCCAGCCGCUUCUUAGAGACCCUGGACAACGAGACAGAGGCUUUUUGGUGUUUCGUGGGAUACAUGCGACGGUCAGCAUGGGGCUUCACCACCAUGGGUGUCCGUCGUAAGAUACAAAUCUGUGAGGAACUUCUGAAGCACGUGGACCCUGAACUCUAUGACCACAUUGAAAGGGUCUCCAAGGAAAAGCUGCUGUUCUGCCUCAG